CAAACCAUGGAUCUCUUCUCCUCUCGCUGCAUUACAGUUGGUUAAAACUACCUACUCUACUCGCGUACCUGUCACCCAGUCCUUUUCCUUCUUCUCUAUCCUCCUCCUACCUCUUCAUCCUCCCUCCUCCCUUCCUCCUCUCGUUUUGUUGAUUCCCUCAUUCUCUCAUUCCGUCUUCCUCUCCUGACACGAACACAGCAGGCCUGAAGACGCUUGAGACGAGGAGAAUUCUCAACUUGACUUGACUCCCCCAGGGCUUUCGCUCAACAUCUCUCCCUCAAGAAGCCCCCCAUCCCGCCCUAUUAAAGGCCAGGAACCACCAAAGGCUGUGAGACUAGGACCAGAAACAGGCCGGAGUGUGAAAAGUGAAUCAAAGAGACCUUUACUGGUAUUUCGCUUUUCUACUUCCGCUUCGCCCUCUGUAAUUCUUCCCCCUCCAGCUUCUCCUUCGACUCUGUAAAAUUCCUCGGUUCAUCCACCAGGAAUUCCAGUCUCCAACCUGAAUCCACUCCCUCGCCAACGCCAACGCUCCCGCCGCCGCCGACGAAGCCUUCCAUCGACGAGCCCGCUCCCUUGGUUCAAUUCAGUUCAACUCGAUAGCGACCACUCCUCAACCCUUCCCGAAACUAGUCGUCGAACUGAAGACUAGUCGCCAAUCAAUUCUGGGUAUCCCUUGGAUUACAGGGAAAAACUAGGUCAAAGUGACGAUUGCGAGUUAUUCAACUCUCAGUCUCACAGCACCCUAGAGAAUUCCGAACCAUCCACACACAGUAGUGAUUUAAUUAAUCGCGACUUGUUCGGUUACAUCGUUGUUCUGACUCGAUAAUCGAACCAUCAGAAGCGUUCACGAGCGUGGGAAAGCUGCAUGCCGAGCGUUCAACUCCCGCAUACCGCUCUCCUCACCACAACCACCACGCUUUUUCUCCUUGAAAUUUGCCCAGUGGGAGACGUUAGCUCGUUAUUCCUGCUUGAUUCGAUUCAGGGACUGUCUCAUUCUCAGCGAGCUUUGCCCAUCUCCCCGACGUGUGGCUGUAAGACUUGCCCCUCUCCCCUCGAUGCCAUACUCGUGCCAGCUUGUCGUAUUGUCUAUCGACCAAGGGAUAGUUGCAUAGGUGCAUUUCGCCGUGUAAUGUAAUGCCUCCAGCGAGUCACGAGCUUGGCAAAAAUCGAGAUUCCGCUAGUAUUAAACUUGAUACUGACGCACAUACCGCAUUAGAGCCCUUGAGUCGAUCUCGUCUUUAAACGGCCCCCUUUCCAAUCCCUUUUCUUUUUUAACUCCACUAUCUACAUGCUCCUGGUCUCGUUACCAGCCACGGUCACUCUUUUCAUCAUUUUCGCCCACGUUCUUUAAUAUCUUAAUAUCCUAAUUAAUCGGCUUCGCAUCACUCCCUUUUGCAGCCAAAGUCACUCUCUUUUGCGAAUUUCCGACCACAAGAUUCCUGGCGAACAAACAGUCGCUCCUUUGACAACAAGCCACAGGCACUAUUCUGCCCAGUCACCGCCUACCUGAGAAACCCCAAUCGCCUACCUGAGAAACCCCAAUCACCUACCACCCAAUAUGGCGUACCCUCAACAUGACGACUCUUACUUCGUGGAGUCGGAAGAACCUCACCACAGAAUCACAGCCCAAGAAGCAGCGCGAAUGAUGGCCCGUCAACGGCAGGACAUCAUUGGCGUUGAGCUAUCACGAUUAGCAGGCGAUGAGUACCUCGAGGAUAUCAUGCAGCAUAUGCGACAAAUGGAGGAUGAGACUCUACCAGAUGCUUCCCUCAUCGAUAUGCAGCGCGAGAUCCAGUGGUUCAUGCGACCUUACUUGAUCGACUUCCUCAUCGAGGCCCAUGCCGCCUUCGGCCUCCUUCCCGAGACUCUCUUCCUCACUGUUAACCUCCUCGAUCGAUACUGCUCUAAGCGAGUUGUGUACAAGCAACACUACCAGCUGGUUGGAUGCGCUGCACUGCUCAUCGCUGCCAAGUAUGGUGACAAGAAGGACCGCGUUCCCCAAAUUCACGAACUUAACAACAUGUGCUGCGGACUCUAUGACGCCGGCAUGUUCACACAAAUGGAGAUGCAUGUCCUCAACACACUUGAUUGGAUCAUUGGCCACCCUACCGUCGACUUCUUCUCGCAACUAAUGGUAGCAGAGGAGGGUGACGACCAGGAGGUUGCGCACAUGGCCGCCUAUCUGUGUGAGAUUGCCUUGUACCAUCGCGAUUUCGUUUCCACCAAGCCUUCCGUUAUGGCUCGCUCAUCUCUCGCUCUCGCACGAGCCAUCCUUGGCCGCUCCGAAGUUAACGAUGGAGGCUGGGACCAGACAGAGAACGUUACCUUGAUCACAUUGUCGCAUCACCUUCAUCAACCCUCACCUACACUUGCGCGCAAAUACUCGACAACAGGUUUUUCUCGGGUGUCGCAGAAGCUGGCCGACUUCAUGGCUGAGCAGGCUGCGAUCGCCCGCCGAGCUGCUAACCCAGCUACUCCCCUAGCCGAACCCAUCAACAAGCACACGAGCAACAUCUACAGCACUCCUCAAAAAGGACACAGCGCGAUGGGGUUCGAUGGAUACCUAACACCCCCGAUCACCCCUGACGGUAACUCGUUAAUGGGCAACCACAACAUGGCAAAGGAGUCUUACGGCUUACCUCCUCGAUGCCCGGUCACACCAACACCUCCACACCAUGCGGGAGUAUAUGGUCAACAACACCAAUACGUCGGAUACGUUAACCAGCAUGGCAUGAACCAAUAAUGCUCUCUUCAUGACAAGAUAUUGAAUCGACGAUUCGACCUUGGACGUUCACCCAUGUACAUCAUCGUGGCUUCUACACUAUCUUUCCGACAUUCUAUUACUUGUUCGAAAUCAUUGCAUGGUCGCACAACAGAAUGAUCUUUCCACAUAUGUUUUGGCAUUUAGCGACUGCUUUCUAUUUCCUUGCGAUUCAAACUUUUUCUCCUCAAUAUCAAGUCUAGCGGCACCAAAAAAAGGAACACGCGGAUCAUACCCUUUUCUUUUCAAUUUUUCUUUAGCAACUUUAUGCAUCAAUUUUUUUUCAGGCUCCAUACGACUUGGUCUCUAUCCGCAUACCCAAGAGGACCAACGACAGGUCACCGUUCGGGUAAAACUGGUUGGCGACAUAGAUUACACAUGAAGGGCCUGGCCAACCUCGAGACGGAAGAAGUAAAAAAGAAGACCGAAAAUGCACCAACACAGGUCCCUCGCGGUGGAUAAAAAGGAUACCCCCGGAUUUUGGGACAUAAGCGGUUAUGGACCGACUAGCUUUAUUAAAACAGGGACGAUGGUGUCUGACUUCGGUCUGGUACGAUGAGGCGGCCUACUCUUCACGACAGCAGUACUACGUCUGCAUAAUUCUUUCAAAGGUGGAUUGGGUGGCGGGCGAUACAUAGUUGGGAAGCCAUUGGCAUGCACAACAACACAACGUUGUCCCAGGGGAGGAUUUUGGCAUUAAUAGUGCCUUUAGUUGGAUCUACGAAGUCAGGCUAGUUCCUUUCUUCAGGCCCCCGUCCUGUGUAUAGAUGUACGUAAAACAGGCACAAAAAAAGAAGUAAAAAUUCUUUAACUUGAACUGUUCCGAAUCGUAUUCAUUUCUCAUUCCGAUGGUCUUCGGUGAUUGUUCAACCCGGCGAUCGAUGGAUUCACUUUGGUCAUCUCAAGGCUGAAGCCAAGCCGUCAUACUGGUGUUUGUGGUUCAGCCGCGUCUUUUGUCUGUCUCUGAAUCUGUCUUUGAAUCUGUCUUUGAAUUCUAGCUGAAGGAUUUAGAUCGUCGAUGGAUGGAGCGGAAGCUUGGGGCUUGACGUCAGGAAAUUUCCCAGUGUGGAGAGACUUUAAUUUCGCAUCUUUAACAGAUACCAGAAGGACACCAGCUAACUUGGAGCAAUAUCUGGCAACCAGCGCAGGCACCAUGGGGAGCCCCUGACUAGGAGACGCAUAUGCAUGGAACUACUGAAGUAGGGCAUAUUAUUAGCAUAGUACGGAGUACGGAUAGUGGUGUUACCUUAAGGGAUGUUUCCUAAGGUUUAGAGUUAAUGGCGGCUGGUAUUGGCCAGGUUCAUGCUACCCCUGGACGCUGCAGGUUGGGAGUUGAAGAUAUGCUGACUCUUAUUGGCUACGCGCUCUCAUGCAGGGCUGAUUCUUUAAUUUUGGUAGAAAGUCUAUUGAAUCAUAUCUCGUUGUG